AUGCAAAUUCAUGCCAACCUCCCUCUAAAUUUAUGGGAUGAGCUCUGUGUCACAGCUUCCUAUCUUAAUAAUCUCACUACCAUCAAGUCAUUGAAUGGGAAAAUGCCUUAUGAAAAAUGGUACAAGAAAAGACUAAACUUAUCUCAUCUUCAAGAAAUAGGUUGUUACAUCUUUAUUCUCAUCCAAAACAAGCACAACUCAAAAAUCUUUGAAUGA